AGAUCUGGGGAGUGCCACGUCGCUUCAGCACAGUGGCACCUUCAGUUAUAGUUUGGCACUUGUGGUUGGCGGUUGGCACUCUGGUGGCUCUGGUGCCGCCUCUGUGCUUAAAGACGUGCUUAACAACACAAAAAGUGAAAGAAAGUGAACACGCAAAACAAGAUUCAAUUAACCUGUGAGUGAGAUUGAAGCUACCUGGCCUUUCACACACCUGACCACACCAGAACACAAAGGAAGAACAAACGGAACCAGGAGAACUAGAGACACUAACCAAUGCGUGACAGUCCACUGAGGUAACAGUGAAAGAAAAAAAUGGUGGUGCGAUUCUCCCAAGGGCACGGAGGAGCGGAGGGGAAGGAGGGAAUGUAUCUCUCGCCCUUAGUCUUGGAGGAAGGCGGUGGUGGUGGUGGUAGAGGAAGAGAUGCGGUUCCCAAGAGUGCCAGCAAAAUGUCCUUCCUGGAAUAUUACCAACAAAUGAACCUGGACCGCUACCUGCAGGCUGAGAGGAGGCAAGCGUCAGGAGGCUGUAUGGCGUCAGCAUGGCGGGUUAUCUCGUUCUUCCUGGUGGUGUUCGUCCUGCCCACGGUGCUCAUCUCCCUGCCACUGUACGCCCGCUACCACCUCUACCACACGAGACACCUGCCCAUGACGGAGACUGACACGCGAGCACUCAACUACGCUGUGUCCCCUUUCUGGUGUCAGGUGAGCAGGGUCAGCAACGGCACCCUGGAUGCCUACCUGGUGUCCGGCACUCCCAAGGUGAGGAAGGAGAAGAGGCACGUCAGUCUCAAGAGGAAGCUUCUCCUGCAGCAUGACGACAUUGAGUACUGGGGUGUGUACCUCCUCGAGGGCUCCACCUUCACUGUCUCCUCUACUGCAAGGUGGCCCGGUGGGGUGCUGCUGGUGGCCAAGGGAGAGGAAAACCUGCGGAAGUGUUUCUACCGUGAGGACCACCUGGAGGCAGAGCUGAAUGGCGCGCCCCCAAAGACAGUGUACCGGAGCCCUGUGGAUGUGGACGACCUGCCAGCAGAGGUGCUAGUGGAGGAGGAGCACCACUGGGCGGACAAUGGUGGUGAGGUGUUUGAUGAGGAAGGAGAGGACGUGCUGGUGGACAACCUUGGGAUAAAGCCACUCAAAGAUAAAGAAGACGAGGAAGUUGAAGUUGACGUUAAGGAAGAAGAAGAGGAAGAGGAGGAGAAGGAUGAUGAAGCAUUGGUGGUUGUGCCGCGCCGCAAGGGCCCCAGCAUCCCCAAGAGGCGAAAUGGUAAAGGGAAGAAGGGCAAGAAAGGCAAGAAGAACAAAGCCAACAAGAAUGACACUCUCCACGGCCGCUCCCGAAGGUCUGCAGCUCAGGCCUCCCCUCCACCUGUCCUCCCAGACCUAUCCCCCUCCUCCCCACCCCCCACACCACUGUCGGACAGCAAGCUGGACAUGCUGCACCGCUUCAACGACACAUUGACAGUCACCACCGGCAACUCAUCCUUUUCCUCUAGCGAGGAGUUCCUGGAGCAGUGCCGGGACUCCAUCCUGGUGGUGGAGCUGCCGCCGUCGCUGGACUGGGAGUGGCGCCUCACCACUGACAACAUUGGACCAUCAAAUUCCUGGCACAUUCCUGUUGACUCCUCAGACUACUACUACUUCAUCUUCACCUCCGACAACUCCAUCGAGCUGAACCACCUGGGCUUUGUGCUGGACCUGCAGCGCACCACCUAUGACGUCACGGACCACCUGGAGGCAUGCCGCAACGCCUCCGAGUGCAUCUUCCCUCUGGCAUUCACCCAGACAGAGUCAGUGGUGGUGGAGGUGCCUGCCGGGGAGCAGCUGGAUGAGCUGCACUCUUUUGAGGUGACCACAGCCUGUCAGCCCAGGGUUCCUGUCUACAUGGUUUUCAUCCUGCUGGUGCCCUUCAUCAUUCUCCUCUUUGCCUUCCAGUAGGUAGCCUUGCCUCUCGCAGGGUCAGGCACUGGCACACUGACAGGGAGUGCCACCAGGAUACCUUGCCUCGGCUCCCAGCAUUGACAGACUGGCAGCAGCUUCAAGAGUGCCAGUAGUGACUUGCCUGCCUCCCAUAGGGUGCAGCACACUGGGAGGGUUCCAGGAGGCAGGGGUGCAAGGUGCCACCAGGCUGCCUCAUGCCCUUCAGGUGCAGGCACUGACAGACAGGUGUGCUGACCCUGAGGGGCACCAUUGGUUGUCCAGGUGACUGGAAGAGCCAGAUGGUUUGGUCCUCAGCCAGACACAUGCCAGGGACCUGAGGCAGUGGCUCCAGUGUCAGUCUGUGUCCAGUGAUCACUGCGGUGGUGGCACUGUGCCUGGUGGUGGUGGUGGUGGUGGUGCUGCUGCCACCCUGGCCUCACUGAUGCUAGUCAACACCUCCAGCACUCAGGACUCCUGCUGAGGUGCUGGAGAUUGGAAGAGAAAGUGCUUAGAGUAAUAAUAACUUAUGUAGGAAUCACAUUGUAAAUAUCAAGCAAGCAACAACAUACAAGACCAGUGUGACAAACACUUUGCCACAGUAAGUGGUGGCAUGCACACGGUGAUUUGUGCCAGCCACUGUGGCCUGCCUGAUGCAGCGCUGUGUGCAGGCCACAGUGGCAAAGACAGACAAGUGGAGUGGAUGUGCUUGCCAUAAAGUUGCUUGAAUUAUGACUCAGUGAAGAGACAAAAAAAUUGUGAUAUUCUCUUUUUAGUUAUUUCUUUCCUAUUGUUACUCUAUGGUAUUAUUUAUAGCCAUUAUUACAUGCUGUAGUAAGUAAACCAGGCCAUGCUUGGUGUGUCUGUAAUCACUCCCUACAUAAUUUGUGCAGGUAGUGUGUGUGUGUUCUGGUGUGUUGCCUUUGUGUUCACAGUAAUUUGUCUUCCACUGUUAUUGUAGAAUGCUACUGGUUUGGUGCCACUUUUAGAACAACAGGAAUAUUAAGAAAUUCAAACAACACGUCUCAAAAUUAUCUGGAGCCCAGCUAGUAGGCAUUGAUAAGGAAGAAGAGGAGUCCUGCCAAGUCUCCCAGUUGUUAGACAGGCCUGUAGACUCACUACUAUCUUGGCCGGAGGAGAGUGUUGCUCAGUGGCACAGUUGCUCAGAGUACAGAAGUGAUGUCAUGUUCUGCAAAAUGUUUCAGACAAAAAUGCUUAGAACUGCCUCCACCUUUCAUAUCUGUAGUUCUUGGUCUUUGCAGCAUUCUUAAUAUCAAACCAUUCAUUAGUUCAUGCAUUAAUUCUUACUCAGCUUAUAAAUAUUCACUGGACUUUGUGACACUUCUUGGAACAACUAAACUGUGCUUAAUUUGUGGGAGAAGUAGCACUCCUUCCUUGCAGACCAUGUAACAGUGCAACACAAGGGAAGAGCAAGCAGUGGUAGGCCUACUGACCCUGAUGGGGCUGUUGUGAGAAGCUACACAUUCUAAAGCAAUAAAUGUAAGAUAGUGAAGGUGGAGGCUCCUCCCUGUUUGUUCCAGCAUCAUAAUUUAAAUCUUGCUCUUGAAGUUAUGAUGAGUUGUUACAUAUACAUUUAGUGAGUACCUGUCUGAGAAGUAACUGGUGAUAAUUUGUAGGUAGUGUUAGCAUCUUGAUCUCCCAAGACAUUUAGACAUUGAGAACUGAAUCCUUAGCUGACUGAAGCUGCUACUGGAAGGCUGUGUAUACUGCAAGCAGGUGUUGUCAGUGUAAACAGUGUUUUGGACAAACAGUGCCUUGGCUAAACAGUGCCUUGGCCAAACAGUGCCUUGGACAAAACAGUGCCUUGCUGAAAGCAAUGUUGUGACCAAAACCAUUUCUUUCAGCUCUGGUAAUAUUAGUUAUAAGUGUUAGUUUUCUAUUUAUUUUGACCCAGAGAUAACAUUAGCUACAAAAUUUUUAGGGUGCUCUUUAUUACUUGAGCAUGGAAUGAAUAACCACCUUGAAAUAUUAAGUUUUCUAUACGAUUUAUAUCAGACAUUAUCUACUAAACAUAGACAAUUAAGACUCACCAUUUUAGCACUGAAGGAUAGCAGCCAUAGUAUAACAUAUAUUAAUUUCUAAAGACAGUGGUUGAAGCAAGGUAACAUUGGCACCAGGACUGCAAGCCUCACUGACAACCACCACCACUCCCACACACCUCACCCCACACCUUGCUUUACUCAGAUAAGAUCAACACAACACUCAUAUAAACUUCUUGUCUGGUAAAUCUGAACCUCACUGACAACCACCAUCAGUCCCACACUCCUCACCUCUACUCUGGGCAUCAGAUGAGAUCACAACACUGACACUGAUAAAUCUGAACCUAGGAACACAACAUUAGACACACAACACAUCAACUUAAGGAAAAAACCCCACUUGUUUUACUUGUUUAUCUAUCUGUAUACCAGGCUGAUAACUCCAUAAAGGGGUCGCCUCUUUGUAAAUGGUCUUCCUAUUAAUGAUAGCGUAAGGACCUUUCGUUCUCUGCCGUAACUCUUAGAAUUUAUAUUUUUUUAAUGCAUUCCAGGAGAGAGUGUGUACUUAAGGUUAUGUCGUGUAUGUGUGUGCGUUAGUGUGUGUAUGUAUGUGUGUGCCAGUCUCGUGUAAAAUAUUCAUUGAGUGUGUUUCGGUGUGGUGGAAUAAAUGGGAACUUUUUUAUGUGAUUGAAGAGGCAGAAUGAAAGGUCUUGUUGAUGAUAAGUUAUUUUGUACCAUUGCUCACUUGAGAAAUAAACUUUUUAACCUGA